AUGGCGAGACAGGAAGAAAAAAGAGAAAAAGAAAGAAAAAGAAAGAAAGAGAAAGAAAAAGAGAAAAAGAAAUCCAAGGCAAAAAUGUCACCCAGGAAGGUGAGGAAGAAAGAGGGCAGGCUUGUGGACGGCGCCCUUCCUCGGGAGGUCCUGUACCAGGGCAUCAGCAGCAUCACUGCCACACUGCACGCCAGCAAACAGCGGCGCAGAGAACCAAUAUUUCUCCCACCGUGUCCCACGCUGGAGCUGGAGCUCACCCUGCUGCACGGCCCUUCGUCAUCCCCCAGCUGCGGCGUGAGACCGCGCAGACACCGAGACUGGACGGUCAACACGCCACAGCUGGUGAUCGGGGAGCGUAGCGCAGAACUGGCAUGA